CGGAUUAAGCAUUUAGGGAAUUUCCCUCAACGGGUGUAUUCCCGUUUCAGUGUUUAAAAUAUCAAAAUUCCUGACUUUCAUCUUCCUUGUAGACCGCCUAAAAGACUACGAAUCAGCACAUUAGAAUGAAACUUUCCCGACAUUUAUUAUAAUUAUGAGAAAAACAUCAUCAAAGUUGGCCAGUUUAGAUUUGUGUCAGCAGGGUAGUUCACGUGCCAUCCAUUCUGCAAGAGCUUCACGAGGGAAUCAUCACGGAAUAUGUCAUUAUAAAUUCAAGGAAAUGCCGAUCUCCAUGAGAUCUACAUAAAUUUCUUAAAGAUUGCAGCUUUAACAGAAGGUUUCAUUCAGUUUACAAUUAUUCUCUAAGCAAUUCAAAAGUCGGUGAGUUCAAAAUGUCAAAAGAAAUUGUCCAAGCRGAUUGUCUUACAAAAAGGGAGGAAAAUGUCUUUUGCACCACUCCUAUCAGUUCAGGUGUGGUGCCUUCCCAAAUGGACAGACGGUCACGUCAACCAAUGUUUACAAGUGAAAGUACCAUGAGUACCAGGAUUGUUCCUCAGCAUGACAUCACUACAAACUUUUCAGAAGAGAAAAUUGUCAUAGUAAGACGUAGCUCAAGAAGAGCACAGGAUCCACAAAAAGCAUCUUUGAGCCAAUCAAAAUACAUGGACCAAAAAGAGGGCUAUAUAGCAAAAUAUAUUGAUGUGAACACAACAGAUGUUGUAAAAGUACAAUUGUGCAUUGAUCUAAUAGCAUAUGAUGUGGAGAUUAAGUACAAAUAUAAAGAGCUGAACUUCCAAGCAUUGCUGGACCAAAACAUGGUACGAAGAAGAAUUAACUGCCUAACUCAGGCACUUGGAAUAUUGGAAAAAUAUGCCUCUAACCUGAUCAAACCCAAUCGACCAGCAUUCUGGAGGCAGGUGAAGUUCACUAGCAGCCUGGUAAGAACAUACUUAAACAAUGUUCAUGGCAGUUAUGAUAUCCUCAAGCAGAUGGGAUACACAAAAAAGGUUCCUGAUGGACUCUCCUUUGAUGAUGACGUGAAAUUACCAAAUAUUGAAAAGGUUAAAGUUCUUGCUGCAGAAUUGUUUCUGGCAAAAUACGAAUCAGAUGAGCUAACYCAUGAAAGGCAUCCCUAUCUAGAGAUAAAAGCCCUUGAAAGUGUUGCACAUUCUGCAACUUCAAAGAUACAAGAAACUGUCAACAGCGAAGAUAGUGAACCUGAAUUCUAUGAUGCAGAAGAUGGGUUAUCAACAAGUGCAAGUGAAUCCCAUACUUUACCAAUGGCUGGAUCAGCUACAUUAAAUCAAGAAGCCAAACCUUAUCCAGCUAAUGACGUACAGUGUCAUGUUUGCGGUGAAAACAAAGUAAAAUUUUCAUGCGAAGAGUGUGAUGAAUAUUUUUGUGCAGACUGUGUUAAAAGGUUUCAUGGCAAUAGAAAACGACAGAAUCACAAAAUCACAGAAGUAAAAAGRCCUACAAAGGAAGAAAAAGCAAAGGGUUCUCCACCAACUGCUUUGCAAGAGAAUUACAAUGAGACUGCUAGACGAGUAGUCCCACCAAUGCCACAUAGUGCAGCAAGACCAUUCAAAAGGCCAGUUCCUACACCUCGCAAGAGAAUCCCCAAUACUGCUAAGCCUAUUGAAAGACAAUCAACUGCUCCAUCUAAUAAGGCUGUAGAUGCCUAUGCUCCCUCACAGYCAAGACUUAGAAYUCCUAAYGAGUUACCUCCUCCUCCAACAYAUUUGAGACGACCAAGUCCAGAACCAGAAUUUCCUCGAAAUGCAUCAAGAGAGACAAUUCCCCGACAACCAAGCACUGAYGGAGAGCGYGAGAUCAAACGACCACCKCCAUUUGAUGAACWAGGGKURUUUGGAAAAGAGUUGGAAGAAGAACACCUAUACGAAUCAUUAAAAAUGCCCUCAGAAAAUUUGUAUGAAGGUCUKGCAAUUAACAGGGAAGAUGAAAGCACAAAAGAAGAGGCUGUYGCCCCUCCGCCUCUCCCACCACGACUCAAACCACGCUCCCAGUCGWCAGUGACUGCCUGCCCAAGAUGUUACUGCCUAAAUGAGAAAGAUGUAACAAAGUGUGUYGCUUGUGGAAGUUUGCUCACAACAGACCAGAGAACUCUACCAGGCACAACAGAUUUGUCCAACCAGCAAACUGGUAAUGAAGAAAURAACACAUUUAAUAGACCUGUGCAAACAUUUGGUAGACCCUCACAACGCCUUCCUGGAACACCAACACAGUUUUCAUAUGAAAACCCUACAUAUGGAUCCCAYGAAACACCACACACAUUGAUACCUGGAAGGCCUAUGUCUGGUGCCACAACAAGUUCUUAUCCAGGAAUUCCAGAGCAGAAAAGUAAAAAAUGGGAGUGUUCUCAUUGUACUUUCCACAAUGAUAUUGGUACUAAGAUAUGUACUAUGUGCUCUAAGACUACUGAUAACCCUGUUGAAGUGAAGUCAGAAGAUGUGAUGUCACCUGCACCAUCRUAUAACCCAAUUGUUUCACGRUCUACAAACAUCUCACAAAGGAUUGAUACAACAUCCCCUCAACCAUUAGUGACUUCUAUGGCCUUUGAUCCAAAUGCUUAUAGUCCAAGCUAUCUCCGAUCAGCUCAAAGUUCAUCUGAUGAACAGACUUCUCCAAAAACUUUGAYGUCACCAUCCUAUAUCAAGCUUCAACAGGAUGAGCUAACUUCACUGCAGUUAAAACCACUUGUUUCUUCACCUGAGGUCGUGAGUCUACAACAACAASAAGAAAAGAUGAUUUCACGAAAUAUUUUGCAACAAACCAGAGAAACUGCUCGGCACUUACAGAUGUCGCCUGCCCCACAAUCACCUGUAGUAGCAAUGUCAGCUACCAGUGUGUYCCCGCAAUUUGUUGAUCCAAAAUCAAUUGCUCAUUCCCAUGGGGGAUCCACUAGUGGUUAUGGUAGUCAGGAAGGCACUGUUUUACARUACUUAGAAACACAAGAAAUGAGAGAAGCAGGAAGGCAAUUUGUUAACCUUUUAAAGGAGGCAGAGAGGCUUGGSUUUUCUGCCGAGGAGCUUAACAUAGCUUACAACCUCAAUCAGGACAUGGGACCAAUUCGCUGGCUUCAGACUGAAUGGUUUGACCGCAUUCAUAGAGUGAUGAUUGAAUUUACAAACAUAUCAAACAAUGACAAUUAUGGAAACAUUAGCCCUGAAGAAGCACGAGAGGCAUUGAUAGAGCACACGGGGGAUGUGAAAGAGGCCAGUCAAAAGUGUGUCAAAGAUCGCAAAAACAAGCUGAAUGAAGUCAUGAAAAAAGGGGUUUAUAUCAGGACGGAUGCCAUCAAAGCUCUUGACAUUAAUGAYGGUAAUGUUGAGCUUGCCAYCCAGCAUUUGCAACGAAUCACGUUUGAACCGAUGCUUCAAAGAAUCAAAGACACUUGCAUCAAUGAUACUGUUGAUAACAGAGAGCARCCACAAGUAUCAAGACAGCUGAGUCAUUCGCAAGAUGAAGAGAUAUUUGAAGCCAUUGUCUCCAAYAAGGAGAUUGACAUGGAUCGUCGAAUUCGUGUGAUGUUUGCUGAGAAGAAUUUUGUGUCUUGGGGUCGUGCAUCGACAGCCAUCAAGCUCAUCGAUAUGAAUUUYCCGGUGUCAGACUCCAUUGAAGCAGCCAAUGUUAAUGGUGAUUUACAAAGAUCAAUACAAUAUUUACAACGAGAAUGCGUUAUAUGCUUCGAAAAAUACCCAGAAAGUCGCAUGGUCACCAUGCUGAAUUGUCAGUGUCGCUUGUUCUUCAGGAUUCAUCAACGAGCUGCCACAUAUUCUCAAAAUGGCUUGUCCCAAUUGCAAGAAAUACUCAUGUUUCCAGUGCAAAAAAGAGUGGGAAGACCAACACGAUGGAAUAACAUGUGAACAGUUUGCCGCUUGGAAGGAAGCUAACGAUCCCGAAGCACAGGCACAUGGACURGCUGCACAUUUGARGCAAAAUGGCAUAGAAUGUCCAAAUUGCAAGUUCCGCUAUGACUUGGCCAAAGGUGGCUGUAUGCACUUUAAAUGUGUACAAUGCAGUCACGAGUUUUGCAGCGGUUGUUACCAACCAUUCAGACAUAAUCAGCAUUGCCCUGUCUCWCCUAAUUGUGCAAGGCGUGGUCUGCAUGCCCAUCAUCCUCGAGACUGCCUGUUCUAUUUACGUGACAGAGACCCGCCCGUAUUAAAAAAGCUCCUUGAUGAUAACAAUGUAGAGUAUAAUACCGAACCUCCUCAAAGGCAAGCUGCAGGUGCAGAUGAUGAAGUUCAAGGUGCUGCAGCGGCCGUUGACAUUGGACCCUGUAAGGUCAUGGAGCAAAGAGAAUCAGAAGGCGGUUUACAAGACGUUGAAUGUGGCAGAGAGACGCUUCCUGGUUAUGCUGGGCUUUGUAGGCUACAUUUCAUCGAGUAUCUCGUCGAACGAAUCAACUCAUAUUUUAUUGACCCUGUGGGAAUCUUUGACAUUAAUGACUUAAAGGCCGAGCUGAUAAGAAAUGAUUUAGAAGUGCCAGAGAAAAAAAGACGAGAGAAAGACAAAGACUACCACAAGAGAAUUGUGAAGUACGUGCGAGAGAAACUACCUCUUCCGAGAAAGACUCCAAGAAGACGUAUUCUAGACGUCGAGGAGCAGGUUCCAGCAAUGCAAGCCCCGGAUGAAUUGAUUCAGAUUCAUGUCGAGGAGCUUGAAGGAGAUGGUCCUUACGUAGACCAUGAUGAUCACCAAUCCAUUGAGAACAGCAGUGAUUCAGGAGCAGGACUGUCAGAUGAAGGCUAGCAGGGCCGUAGCCAGGGCGUAUUACUGACAUGUGCUCACUGAUUCUAGUGGUUCUGGUUUCCCUCCAAGCAGCUCUAUUGCUUCGAUGGGGAGGUGCACAUUCUCACAAUGCUCCACCCUCGGCUGCGGCCCUGACACGCUCUAGAUGAAGAAAACGUUGAAUAAUGGAUAUGAUUUUAUAGGCACGAGUCACGAGUAGUCAAUGUACAGCCUUCAGUUAUCCAUCAAAAACAUUUCAAUAUUUGCUAAAUAAGGUACCCUUGUAUAACCACAGCAAUCAGAUGCAAGAAAGGGACUUGAGCCUAUAGAUUUAGCGCUUUUUCUUUAAUACAUGUAAAAGGUGGGGAAAUGCGUCGGAUUAUCCGUAAGCACUGAACUUCUUCCUCUGUGAUUGACCUUUUACAUGAUAUGGAAUCUGAAAAGCGCUAUAAGAGUUUUUUUGCAGGUACAAUUGCAAACCGAGUACAUAUAUUUUUGUAGAACACUUAUAGUUUUGAAAAAGUCGCUUUUUCAUUCAUUGCGACUUCUGUCUUCUGAAAACAUUUUAACAUAUUUGAAAAUUGCUAAAUCACUAACAUUGAUAGUUUAAACGAAGCUAAACGAGAAUACAGCAUAUUGUAGGGAGGAGGGCUUUAUCUCCUCAGUAUUCAGCUGAAAGUUUUCAACGAGUGUUUGAUUCGUUUGCUAUUCACACUCUAUGUGAUAAUUGUAAUAAUGCUUUAAAAGCUAUAAAGGACCGUAUAAUUGUUUAUGUUCUGACUAGUCAAGUAAGCAUGAGUUUACUUUGAUAUACACUAGGUUUAUUUCCCAAUAAGUAGGGCGGGGAUUAACCUAGCUGGAUGAACUAUACCAGGAUUAAAAAAAACACAAAAACACGAAUAGACGUACAAAGGAAAAAUCACUCUUGUUAAUUAUGAAUACACCGAUAAUAAAACUUGGGUAAAGUAAAAAUAUAAACGAUUGAUUGGA